UGUUUGUUUCAGCUGAGUCCAAGCAACUGACAGGAGCUCUGAUACUACAUUGAACACUUGUCAUUUAAAGAUGAUGGGAUGAGUUCACCUAUUUACUCUGAUCAAACUAAGCAAAAAGAGAAAGUCUCAACUAAAAGUUCUGCUUGUUUACACCUUUCACAUUAUGGACCUUCUUUGAUGGUGGAUUUUGGAGAACCAUAUUUUAUGGCCGGACAAUGAGAUGAGCCCAAAACAUAAUAUACUCUUCUAUGUGAAGCCAUGGCUCCACUGCUACCAACAGUUGUGUGGCUAUUAGAGGCUAUUUGGAAACUGUGUCAUUGUGAAAGCUAAGAAAUCAAAUACUGACAUAGUUCCACAAAAAGUUGAAGACGGUUAGAAAAACAUAGCUCCUGUUAUCAUUUUAAGGUGUGAGUCUGCUUGGAGACGCCUCUACAGACGGCAGGAAGUUUUUAGCAGAGGAUCUUUACGGCACAACAGCUGUGCACUCUGAGCGUUUCUAGUCGGAACUAUUUUCGUGACGCACCACAAGUGCCUUCGCCGGUGUUCGGAGCAACGUAGCUGUUCCAAUGUUCGCUGCUGGAUGUGGGUUUAUCUCCCACUAAACGACUUCAGAAAAUGAGGACUGCUUGCUGACACACAUUACCUCAAGUACGCUGUCGUAUCUGAAGUUCAUAAAUGAAUAUUUAACGACAACUAGCUUCAUAACAACGAGCUAGCAACGAAGUAAUGGGCAGAAGUGAGAAGAGCUGACAGGAACUCUGGUCAGCUAGUUUAUAUCAGAAAGUUUAACUUCUUUUUUAAUCACCAUGGUGCCGUUAAAGCGAAGAAAAAUCGUCUCCUCGGAUACUGGGAGUACUGGGAGUGACUGCAGUGGGAAUCAAGCACCAACAAAGUUCCCUCAGGUGGUUUUAUUUCUGCUGGAGAGGAAGAUGGGAGCCAGUAGAAGAGCUUUCCUCUGUCAGCUCGGACGAACUAAAGGCUUUCAUGUGCAGGAGCAGUUCAGUGAAAGCGUCACACAUGUUAUUUCUGACAACUCUGCUGAUGAGGUCAGAGCGUGGCUGGACUCUCAGGCCAGAGGUGAAAGCCAGACAGCGGUUCACCUCCUGGACAUCAGCUGGUACACAGAGAGCAUGCGUGCAGGCCGCCCAGUAGAGAUCCUGGAAAGACAUAAACUGCAGGAGCAGCAGAUCAAUGAAGCAGAGGUUGUUCUGUUCUCGGUGCCUAGCUAUGCCUGUCAGAGAAGGACCACUCUGGACAACCACAACACCACGCUCACUGAUGCUCUGUCACUGCUGGCUGAAAACGCUGAGCUCAGUGAGGAGGACGGGAGAGGUGUUGCGUUUCGACGGGCCGCCGCUGUGCUGAAGGCGCUCCCAGCUCCGGUGACAGCCAUGUCUCAGCUCAGAGGGCUGCCCUGUCUGGGAGAUCACUCACUCAGAGUCAUCAAAGACAUUUUGGAGAAUGAAGCAUCAGAUGAGGUUGAAUCUACCAAACAGUCUGAGCGGUUUAAAGCGCUAAAGGUUUUGACGGGUAUUUUUGGGGUUGGAGCAAAAACAGCAGACCGAUGGAUCAGAGAUGGGAUACACAACCUCCAUCAGCUACGAGAAUCAGGAGCAACACUCAAUCGAGCACAACAAGCAGGUCUGGAGCACUACGACGACCUCAAGCAGCAGGUCACUAAAGCAGAGGCUGAUGCCAUCACUGAGAUCGUGCAGGAAGCCGUCAUUUCUGUGUUACCAGGCGCUCAGGUUGUUCUAACCGGAGGAUUCAGGAGAGGGAAGCAGACAGGCCAUGAUGUAGACUUCCUAAUAACACACCCAGAGGAGGGCAGAGAGGUGGGACUGAUGCCUAAAAUCGUUUUCUGGUUGGAAUCAAAGGGUUUUCUGUUGUACCAGAAAACUACAAGGAACUCAUACCUGGAGGUAAAGGACGGUCCUGGUCGACCCUCCUCCAACAUGGACCGAUUCGAGAGAUGUUUGUCCAUCUUUAAGCUGGCCGAGAAGGAAGAACGAGCAAUCAAAGUGACAGAAAACACUGUAAAAACCAAGGACAGUGUCAGAGACCACACGCAGUCAGAGACGGAUCAAGAUCCACAAUCUCAUUCAUAUGAACGACACGAGCUGACAAACCCACCCGUCCACAGACGGUGGAGGGCUGUGAGAGUGGACCUGGUGGUGUCUCCAAUCAGCCAGUUUGCUUUUGCUCUGCUGGGCUGGACCGGAUCCAAAUUGUUUGAGAGAGAGCUGCGUCGCUGGGCAGGCCAUGAGAAAGCCAUGUCUCUGAGCAGUCACGCUCUGUAUGACAACAAACAGAGUCGAUAUCUGAGAGCUGCAUCGGAGGAGGAGAUAUUUGCUCAUCUUGGUCUGGAGUACAUCCCUCCGUCUGAGAGAAACGCCUGAAGAGACCGGAUGAAGCUCAACCCACAAUCCACUGAGGAUUAUAACCUGGAGGCAGCAGGGAAGAGGAAGAGGACUGUGUGGCUCCAGGUGCAAGUGAUACAUCCAGCAAAUGUCUAUUUAUGCUUCUGCAUUAAGGCCUCAGAACACACUGACUCCUUGAAAGUGAAAACAAAAAUGUUGUUUAUUAUUCCACUUUUUCACAUGCAAAAACAGACAAACAGAAAUACAUAAUAGACACUACCUUUCAAAAGUCUGGGGUCACUUAGAAAUGUCCUUAUUUCUGAAAGAAAAGCAUUUUAUCAGUAAAGAUGACAUUAAAUGAAUCAGAAAUACAGUCUCGACAUUGUUAAUGUGGUAAAUGACUAUUCUAGCAACGGCUGAUUUUUAAUGGAAUAUCUCCAUAGGGGUACAGAGGAACAUUUCCAGCAACCAUCACUCCUGUGUUCUAAUGCUACAUUGUGUUAGCUAAUGGUGUUGAAAGGCUCAUUGAUGAUUAGAAAACCCUUGUGCAAUUAUGUUAGCACAUGAAUAAAAGUGCGAGUCUUCAUGGAAAACAUGAAAUUGUCUGGGUGACCCCCAACUUUUGUUGUAUGUACAUCAUUAUAUCCACUACUUUUGAAUGGUAGUGAAUAUAAUGAUAUGCAUACAAAAAUAUUUCAACCUGGAAAGCUGUCAGUUGUAUUCCAUAUUAUCCACCAAGUCCAAUAGGAUGCACAGCACAAUAACAGGGUCAGAAAACUGUCACUUCACUCUGCUCCUGUUGACAUUAGCUGCCCUUAAGUGCUUCUUAAAUGUCAUUAAGUAUUAUAACUUCUUCCUCUGAGCAUGAAUGAAGACAACAUUUCAUGCUAACGGAAAUAUGAAGUGGUGGAUUAUGCUUUUUUAUGUAGCAUUUUAGAAUAAAAUAAUAAUCAGUGGAUUUUUUUUUGCUGAGUUCUGUAGAGGAGAUGUCCAUCCAUCCAUCCUCUAUACACCGCUUUAUCCUCACUAGGGUAGCGGGGGGUGCUGGAGCCUAUCCCAGCUGACUCGGGCGAAGGCAGGGGGACACCCUGGACAGGUCGCCAGUCUGUCACAGGGCUACAUAUACAGACAAACAAUCACACCCACAUUCACACCUAUGGACAAUUUAGAGUAACCAAUUAACCUCAGCAUAUUUUUGGACUGUGGGAGGAAGCAGGAGUACCCGGAGAAAACCCACGCAUGCACAGGGAGAACAUGCAAACUCCAUGCAGAAAGAUCCCAGGCCCAGGCCGGGAUUUGAACCGGGGAUCGUCUUGCUACAAGGCGAAAGUGCUAACAACUACCCCACUGUGCAGCCCGUAGAGGAGAUGUGAAUGUAUUAUUUGUAUUCUGCACUGUUUUCAGUGAAAAGAAGCAACCUCACACCUCCUGAAUUGUUACAGACCAGUAAACAGCUGGAUUUGACCAAAUACAGUACAAAAUGAAAUGAGUUUUGUAAAUUUGGGGAAAAAAAUUGUCAUGUGCCUAAUUUUUCUCAUGUUGUUAGUAAUAACACAUAAAUAAAGGAUCAAUAAAGGAUUAUCUUAAUAUCACAUAAAGUACUGCACUGCAUAAGAAAAAAAUCUGAACAGUACAUAAAUACAGUGAAAGUAGAAAGUCAUGUAAAAUACGAUAUGGGGCAAAAUACAUACUUUUCAACAAUAUUUUAACCUGUUAAGCUUCAGUGUCCUGCCCGCGGAACACUUUGAGAUCUGCAUAAGCAUUUCCUUAAAUGUCUGAAGCUGCAAACGCGAUUAUACAAACACUAUACGCCGACGGAAAGCUUAGAUUCUCAUGAAUCCGCCGGUAUAAACCACUUUCAGAUGUGAUUACCACAGCGGGUAAUAUAAACACAUUUGUCCGACAAACAACGAAUAUCCAUCCAUCCGUUCUCUAUACACGGCUUCAACGUACACAGCGCGACUCACAUUUCCGGGUUCAUUAUUACACACAGAUGAAAAUAUCCAUAAUCCAACCUUGGACAUCCAGAUGAAACAAGCCAGUAACAUAUUUUGUCCAAAACAUGUCUUGAAGUCGGUAUAUAAUCCACGAAUAGGUCAUUUUCAAGGAAAUGCACCUCGCGAUGCGCAUCCAAUAUUCCCUGUAUUUCUCGUCAUAUUUUUAAUUACAAAUAUUAGCGAUUUUUUGUACUGAAAAUGGCUAGAAUUGACUGCAGCUUAUAGGGUUAAACAAAAGCAUCUAAAGGUUGUAAUGUGUUUGACAGAAAUGCACUAUAUUUUUUUAAAAUAUGCAAAUACAGUAAAAAUUAAAAUACAAAAAUGGUAGAAAAAUAUGUAAAUGUGUUGCAAAUAAAAACGUGUAGUAAAGUACAAUGAAACAAGAUGGAUAAAUAAAAUAAUUAAAUAUUGAAAAACUAAAUGGAAAGCAAAAUAAAAUAGCAAUAAGUCCAGAUGAAAGUAGUGUGUACAUUCAGGGCCCUAAUUGUAUUUGGCAACAAAGAACUUUGGUUGAGGUUAGUCCAUAUUUGGGAUUUUGGUGCCUCUCACUCAUCAGUGCAUCAGGAAUUACUGCUUAGCAACCGAAAAAUGUUGCUCUCUGUAGUUAAUUAAUUGUUAUCAGUGGAGCUGUCCUGAUAUUUUAUUUGCUAUAUUUACAGUUCUCUGUUCAAAUCAGAGUAUUUACCAGCCAAUACUGUAAUAAAUUUGGCCAUUUUAUUGUAAUAAGGCCAAUAACAUAAUAACUUAACAAUACUGUAAUCAGUUAUUACAUUAUUGGUUAGUUAAUAACUUUAAUGGCCUAGCAUUUAAACAUGUUUUCAAAAAUAAAUUGAAAAUGUAAUAACUGCAGCUGAUAAUGUAAAAAUACAUAAAUAGGACUGCAUUUCUUGGAAAUAAAAUGUUUUUUUGCAGUUUUUCUGCAGUUUGCUCAUCAAAGAUAGGUACAGUGGACGGUAUAGUCGUCAUAUUCAUUCAUCAAGAAUACGUCUCAUGUAGCUCUCAUUCUUCUUAAUUAUGGCUGUAAGAACUAAUGUGAGAAUUAUUUGUUGUAUGAAAUCAUGAUUUAGAAUUUUGUUUAUUUGCUUAGAUUUGUACAUUCUUAAUUCAAUAUUGGAUGUUGCAUUGUCAAAUGAAUUUAGCGCAUUUUUUUUUCUUGGAAAACAUUUCAUUAAAACUUUUUUCAAACAUUUCUGAAGGAAAAAUGAUUCAGUCCUCACUUAGAACUGUAUUUAAAUAACUGGACUCGCACUAUAAUGACAUUUAACUUGAAAAACUGAAGAUUAUUAUGUACAUAGUAAGUAGAAAACAUUAACAUAAAAUUGACGUUACUUCUUCCAGUAAAUGUCCUUAACUUUAGACUCCAGGCUUCAUCCAAUGGCUGUCCUCAACUAAUAACUGUUUUAUGUGUGAACUUAGACACUGUUGGUCCAGCAGCCUUGUAGAGCUUCACAAUACUAAUGGAACAGCCAUGUAUUAUUUCAUUAUCGGCUGCAGUUAUUACAUUUUCAAAUAAUUUUUUUAAUGCUAGGCCAUUAACAUUAACACAACCUGCCAAUAACGUAAUAACUAUUACGUUAUCGGCAAGUUAUUGCGUUAUUGGCUUUAUUACAUUUAAAAUGGCUAAAUUUAUUAUAUUAUUGGCAGAAAUUACAUUACUGACCAUUAUUACGUUACUGGAUGCUACAACAACAUAGCCACACUUAAUAAAUAAAAUUCUCUCCACCAGAUUCAUGAUAAGAAGAUGCCAGUUGUCCAUCUUAAACUACUGACAGUUUCUAUUGUGGAGUAUCAGAGGUUGCAGUUCAUCGUUCUCCUGUGUUUCUCUUCAACUCGUAAAACCUCACACGGAACAUUAAGUUUUACUGGAUGUUUUGCGUUUCGCCACAAACACACCUGUGUAACGGUGACCUGCAUUCUGCAACGUCCUCGUCCCCUUAUCUGCACCUCCUCCCAACAGAAAACCACACAGCAGAGCAGAGAUCAUGAUAAAAUGUCACAUCCAGGAGAUCAUCUCCUUAAAUGCAAGUUUGAAACACUUUCCUUGAGGUGUUCCAUUUCCCGCUGCUUUAUGCUUCUACUACACCACAUUUCAGAAGGAGUACAUCUUACUGCACCACAGUUGUCUGAUAAAUGUUGUUACUCGUUGCUUCUCAGGGAAUUAUCGAACAUGAACAUAAAAAUGCAGGUUUAGUGGUGGAAGAAGUCGACUGAUCCUUUGCUUUCAUCAGGAUUUGGUAGACUUUUUUUUCUAAUAACUCGUCAUUUAAACAUCAUCCACUAACAGUUAAUGGCUCAAAUUGAAGACACUAUUUAAUAAUGAGCAUGAAUUACUUAAUUUCUUCAACUCCAUGAAAAUGUAGGACAUUCACUUAUACUGUUUCCUCAGAAAAAAAAUAUUUUUCCUUCAAUGAAGCUACUAAAAUGUGAAUUGAAUGUAAGACAGCUGUAACAGAUUCCCUGCUAAUAUGUCAAAGUACUGAGGUUUUUAUGGCGCAUGUUGCACUUGCUACUUAUAAAGCAGAAAGAGUUAUAUGUUACUUUUAUUAUUUACAAAGGACUUGUACCAGUACAUUUCAAAGCAUGUAUUAUCACUUGAUUUGGCAUUUCUGGUUGACAUGUUGCAAUAAAACUAAUAAAACUAAAAUGAUGUUAGAGGAUGUUUUUAUUAAUUCCAAAACUACAUUAGCAGCUGCAAAAGUCGAACUUCACAUGUUUGUAUCUGAGAAGAUUCUGGAAAUAUUUGCAAUUGUUUUACUUAUGAACUAAUCCUAGAUGCUGGCUUCCACACACAAGUGCAGAAAGAGUUUCAAUACAGAAAUACUUUGCGUUUGUGUCAAAAUAUACAUGCAGUACCAAAAAUUAAAGUAGUCUUUGUGGACAAUAUCAAAUUUAAGAAUCUAUGGUUAUAUUGGAUUACUGGGUUGUUAACGCUGCAUUAAUGUGUAAGCGUCACUCUAAAAUGUUAGCUUUAGUAUUUGGCAGAAUUACACCACUUUUCAGCCAGAAAACCCAUGACAUUUCAUCAAAAUCACUUCAUUCUGUGUGCCUCACUUAAAAAUUUGCAAAAGUAAACUAUUAACUUUAAAAAACUAAAUAUUCGUGCAACUAAUAAAACACACUCAAAAAAGUAAAUGCAGCACGGCUCAAAAACAGUCUUCAGAGGAGCAAGUGGGUGGAAGAUGCAUUCAGCAUGGUGAAACAUCUUACAGUAAAUCGUAAAAUAUUUAUAGAAUGUGGAGCCCCUUCUCAUCCAGUAUUAGUAUCACCUGUGGGAACUUACAAAUGUUCUACAUGUUGAUUUUGGAUUUUUUUUUUUUUUUUUGUGAAAUGAAAUCCGACUUUUUCUUUUUUUUUCUAAUUAGUGGCAUUAUAACUGUAUCACACUACAUAGAAGACAUUUUUAGUUCUCUCUCUCUCCCCCCAUUUGCAAAGUUAUUAAUACAUCAGACUCAACAAUGGAAAAAAAUCACAUACACUACCAGUCAAAAAUUUUAGAACGCCCCAAUUUUUCUAUUUUUUUUUUUUUAAAUUGAAAUUCAAGUAGUUCAAGUCCAAUGAAUAGCUUGAAAUGUUACAAAGGUAAAGCGCUGAACUGCCAGAUGUUAAAAAAAAAAAAGGUAAGGUUACCCAAAACUGAAAAAUAAUAAAAUUGUACAAAAUGAUGUUUUUCAGAGAACAAGAAAUCGGUGAACAACUUCAAGCUGUUCUGCAGCAAUGGAGGUUGAUCAAGCCUUGAAAGUUGGUGCUACCAAAUCCUACAGGUGUCCCAACUUUUCUUGAUUACUUACAACCCCCUCUGUCUGCGUUAGUGUUGGAACACACUUUGGCACCCUCCCCUCAAGAGCAUUAUUUGAACAGUACUGUACUAUAGAAAAUAGUGUGUUGCUGUAAAAAUGGAGAGGAAACGGUAAUUAACAACAGAAAAGAGAUAGACCAUCACAACACUUAAAAAUGUACAUCUUUCCUACAGAGAAAUUGUGAAGAAAGUCAAGGUGUCAGUGAGUAGUUUUCUUCACCAUCAAAAGACACUCAGAAACUGGAUGAAACUCUGACAGGAAGCGUUCUGGAAGACCCAAAGACAGAACAGAAUCAGAAGACAAGUUUCUGAGAGUCAGCAGCUUGGUGAUAGGCAGCUCACAGGACAACAGCUUCAAGCACAGCUUAAUGGUGAUCGUCGUAAGAUGUCUCACUUUCAACUGUUAAGCGAAGACUUUUGAGUUGCAGCAAGAAAGCCAUUGCUAAACAUCAGAAUAAGAAAAGAGGCAUGCCUGGGUCAUGAGACACCACCAAUGGACUACUGAAGACUGGAAGAAGCUAUUAUGGACUGAUGAAUCAAAACUUGAAGUCUUUGGUUCAUCACGCAGGAUUUUUGUACAUCGUCAAGUAGGAGAAAGGAUGGUUCCUCAGUAUGUGACAUCAGCUGUCAAACAUGGAGGAGGAAGUGCGAUGGUCUGGGGCUGUUUUGUUGGAUUCAGUCGGUGACUUGUACAGAGUGAGAAGAACCCUGAACCAAAAACAGCUACCACAGCAUUCAGCAGCACCAUGCAGUACCCUCUGGUUUGUUCCUAGUUGGUCACGGGUUCAUCCUACAGCAAGAUAAUGACCCAAAACAUAACUCCACGCUUUGCCAGAACUACCUGAGGAAGAAAGAACAAGAUGAUAAGCUUGAAAUGCCACAUAUUUACGGGAACUUGUGCAACAGAGCAGGGAGGAACUUUCUGAAAAAUAUUUGGUUUCCAUUAUGGAAAGAAUGCCAGCUGGUUUAUCUGCCAAAGGUGGCUACUUUGAUGAGUCAAAGGUUUAGAAUACAUUCUGGUUUCUAUAGAGAUUUUUUUUAAACUUCAUUUGUUUAUUUGUUCUAUGCUCUUAUUUUGAGAGUACACUGAGACAUUAACAUGCAUAAUUUCCAAGAAAAAAAUAAAAAAAAAUUGGGGUGUUCUAAAACUUUUGACCAGUAGUGUGUGUUAAUAAAUCACAACAGAAGACAUUUAGCUUUAAAUACUUUUAGUUUGUGCAGAUAAUAUUUAUUUAAUUUUGCAGUUUUAAAUUAAGUAUAAUAACAGUGUAUUAUGUAGUGAUUCCUGUAGUUAGAAAAAAAAGUGAACUGGUCUUGUAACUGCUUUGGUGUGAAUAAACUUGGCUGUGUAAUGUGGUCAGAAGGUGGCGCUGUAGGUUACAUGGCUGAUGAAACCAUAAACAAAUCCAGGAGUUUGUCAGGAUGAAAAAAAAAAAAAGAAAAAACCUGGAAGAAGAAACAGAACUUCUGUCUUCUGUGAGAGAAAAGUAGAGAGAAAGUCUUCAAGAAUCGUUUUCCAUCUGGAAAGUUGUCAUUAUUUUGUCUCAACUGGUAAUUAUUGUUACAUGCCAAAUCUCUAGGGCGGGAAUAAAGCACAUUCAUUCAUGCAAAAAUCACCUCAAGCAAGUGUAAAACCUUUUCUUUUUUUGACCUUUAAGAAGUUAUUUUUUGUUAUUUUGCUAUUCACAUUAAAGUGUUCUUGAUGGGACAAAAAUAACGCAACAGUCUGCAUCAUUGUUUUUUAAUUAUUAAAACCCCUGAUGACAUUAUGUUUCACCAACAAACUGCACGGAGUUAUGAGAAUUAGCUUUUUCUAUUUUAAUUGACGGUCUUUGCCAUCUAUAAUUAUCCAGGCAUGUUAAGAUAGAAAACAAGUUCUGCAAAAUUUGACUUCAAAUUGCACACAGUAUUAAGGUGAUGCAAUGUUUUUAUACCAGUCCAACCCAUUAAUAUAAUGUCUGCAACUUUGAAGGUUUGUGUAAAGUAGGGGAAAAAAAGAACAAAAAAUUCUUGCCACCAUAAAUUUACGCAGUUAAGUGGUGUGAAUAGGUCGCAUGAAUUACUUUUUAAAAUGUACAUUUCGUAAAGAUCACAAAUCUGUCUUACUGAGGUCUGUCAGGAGGUGCCGUAAUGAAAUUUUGUAUUUGCUUAAUUUUCACUUAACUCAAUAUUAUGUUAAAUUUAUUAGCAAUGUGUUCAAUUAACUUGACAUUGGACACGUUGGGUGCAUGCUCAUGCAGCGACCGGCAGCAGAUGUGAAUUACUGGAAUGCUUGUUUAAACUGCUGCGAAACAAAUCGCCCUUCAAGGGACAAAUAAUAAAGUUGAUUGAUUGAUUUAAAAAAAUCAGCGUUGAUUUACUAAACUUAAAAGAGCUGUAUUUACACUAGCAUUCAAAAGUUUGGGGUCACCCAAACAACUCCAUGUUUUUCAAGAAAACUCACACUUUUAUUCAUGUGCUAACGUAACACCUGCAAUCUUGGUUGCAAUAAACUCAGAUCAAUACAUUUAAAAAUUAACAAUAUCUCAGUCACUGUGUAAGUCCCUGCAUGAACAAAUUAAUGCUAAUUUCUAAUUUUCCAAAAACAAAAUAUUUUUCACUUGCUAACGGUCUUAGCACGCUGGAUAGAUUGUACCAUGGGGCACUGAGAUUCAUUUUCAAAUGGGGCCUCCUUACCCACCACUGUGUGCUCUAUUCUAAAGUUAACUGGACAUCUUUAAGUGCCAGACGUGUCUGUCAUUGUUAUGUGUUUAUUUGCAGAACCACUCCGGGUAUUGUUCUUUCCUAUUUGUCUCGUUUUUUAACAAACAAACACGGAAGUCACAAUUUCCGAUCUAUGGAUACUCUCCAAUUUGUCGUCCUCAAAGUACGAUCUGCACGAGGCAAGAAAGCAUGUAAGUUUUCAGCACCUAAUGCUUGUAAUAAAUUACACUCCCCUCUUCAACUUCAAACCUGUGUUACACCAAAUGAGUUUAACGCUCUAGUGAAAUCAUUACAGUUUGUGCGUCCUCUUGAGAAAACUGGAAGCGGUUAUGCCCUACGAUCUGAUGACAUUUUGCAUCUCUCGGCUCAUCGUGUUCAAACUGAAAUGGGUAAUAAAGCGUUCAGGUGCUCUGCUCCCUCUGCUUGGAAUGCCCUCCAAUCUGAACUGAAAUUGUCAAAAUUUCUUUCAUUGGAGGCCUUCCGCUCUAUUUUAAGAUAUCGGCAACAGAAAUCCUUUCAACAGUGCCUGUGUUCUUCAAUUAUUACUGUAAAAAUGACUCCUGUAUUUUAUGUAGCUAAUUACUUGUAUUUAAUAUUAUAAUAUUUGUUGUUAUUGAUAUCUGUCUGUUUUUUUAUUUACUUUGACAUUUGCUGCUGCCUCUUUCGGCCAGGUCACUCUUUUGAAAGAGGUCUCAAUCACAAUGAUUCUUUUAUCUGGUUAAAUAAAGGUUAAAUAAAACAGUCUGUCUUGUCUGUA